AUGGAAACAGCGUCCAUUGCAGUUCUCGACGUAUCGCAGCUCAUAGAUUCAACCCCAUGGCGCCCCAGUCUGGGGCGGACCUCGACGGAACUUGUGGAGAUAGUUCGAGUGAAGAGGCCAUCCAUGUCUAUUUAGUUUUUAAGAUGCUCUUCAGGCCCGGCCCUAGCUCUCACUUUUGUUGUGCUCAAAACCACCUACCCCUUGUUCCUCCCAGGUCGCCCCGUGUCGAAGAAUCCUCUCUGUCACCUUCCCUACUUCAAUUGAUUCUUCGACCCCCCGUCCAUCGCGAUGGGCAUUCUUAACGUCGUUGAGGACCGUCCGACUCCUAAGAAUGUCUACAACUGGCGAGUGUACCUGCUGGCAGCCAUUGCAUCAUGUGGUUCCAACAUGAUUGGUUAUACUAGUGCCUUUAUCGGUACGACCAUCACACUGGACUCCUUCCGAAAGGAAUUCGGCUUGGACAAGAUGUCAUCUGCGAAGGUGGACUUGAUCAGCGAGAAUAUUGUCUCGCUAUUCAUUGCUGGUGCCUUCUUUGGGGCCCUCUUCACCUACCCUAUUGGUCAUUUUCUGGGACGCAAAUGGAGCUUGGUGAUCGCUUCAGCUAUCUUUACGUUAGGAGCCGGUCUGCAGCUAGGUGCCAACCACGCCCGCGGACUGGGAAUUAUGUAUGCUGGACGAGUCCUGAAUGGACUCGGCACCGGUGUCGCCUCGAACAUUGUCCCGAUCUAUCUCUCGGAACUGGCCCCUCCGGCCAUUCGUGGGCGACUUGUCGGUCUCUAUGAGCUCGGCUGGCAGAUUGGUGGUAUGGUGGGAUUUUGGAUCAACUACGGUGUCCAAAAAAAUAUGGAACCUGGCCACACGCAAUGGUUGAUCCCAUUUGCCAUCCAGCUGGUUCCGUCUGGGCUGCUUUUUAUUGGUGCCUUAUGGACCAAGGAAUCCCCUCGGUGGCUCUUCCUCAAGGACCGCCGACAGGAAGCAAUGGCAAAUCUCUGCUGGAUUCGUCAGUUGAGUGAGACCGAUAUUUAUAUCACCGAGGAGGUGGCAGCUAUCGACCAAGCGCUUGAAGAGCAGGCAACCACCAUUGGUAUUGGAUUCUGGAAGCCCUUCCAGUCCGUUGGCACACGACCCCGGAUCAUGUGGCGCCUUUUCCUGGGCUGUAUGUUGUUCUUCUGGCAGAAUGGAUCCGGAAUCAACGCGAUCAACUACUACAGUCCUACCAUCUUCACAAGCAUCGGUGUCAAUAGCGAUACGAUCGGAAUCACCACGGGUUUGUUUGGCGUGGUGAAAGCCGUCAUGACAUUCGUGUGGCUUCUGUUCCUGGUCGACCAGUUAGGAAGACGGAAGCUUCUCCUGAUCGGUGCCAUCACGGGCUCGAUCUGUAUGUGGAUUAUUGGUGCCUACAUCUGCAUCGUCGAGCCUGAGAAAAACCCCACCGAUCACUUGAACGGUGGUGGUAUUGCAGCCAUCUUCUUCUUUUACAUGUGGACGGCGGUGUACACGCCGACAUGGAACGGCACGCCAUGGGUUAUUAACUCGGAAUUCUUCGAUCCCAACAUCCGGUCGCUGGCCCAGGCCGCCACAACCGCCAGCAACUGGCUCUUCAACUUCCUUGUUUCCCGCUUUACGGAGCAAAUGUUCGACGCGAUGGGCUAUGGAGUGUACUUCUUUUUCGCCGCCUUGUCCUUCCUUGCCUUCUUCUUUACCUUCUUCCUCAUUCCCGAGACCAGCGGUAUCCCACUGGAGGUUGUGGACCGCCUGUUCGAGGUGAAGCCGGUCUGGCGGGCAAACGAGAAGGUCAAGGCUCAGAUGAAGGAGGAGGAAGAGCGAUUCCGGUUCGAGAUCAAGGAGGGAAACUUUGAUAAGAGCGAGGAGGAACAUGUGGAAGAUGGCAAUGAGACGAGGUCAUAGAUUUCACGAUAGACGGCUUAUAGACUUGUAUAUAGAACUUGCGUCGGUGUUCUGAUUUAGGAGCUUGUAUAUUUGCUGUUCUCUUUAAGUUUUUGUCUGUGUUUUUGCAGUGUUGUGGGUCCUUAGAAUUUCUAUCUUGAGCGGUUUUCUGAUAUGGAAAUAGAGAAGCACAUUGAGG